AUGGAACACCGACGCCUUGUCCAUGGAGCUGCGCCUCCGUUAACCGCCGUGGAGAGAUUCUUAUAUGGCCAAAAGAAUGAUGCCUUGUUUUCCAAGAAACAAGAGUGUUCUAGAGACCGAUCGAUCCUGAAGAAGACAACGGCGAUGGAGAUUAAAAACGACAACAAAGAGAACAUGACGUUUGGCCCGAGGAAGGAGAAACACUUGGUCGUUAAUGGCCGAAGCCCUACAGGGGACAUGGUCAUUAAAGAUGCAACCAGAGAUUAUCAAAACAGUACUAAGAAGCGACCAUACAAGAAUCUUAUCAAAGGGCAAUGGACGGCGGAAGAAGAUAGGAAGCUGAUAAGGUUGGUGAGGCAACAUGGGGAGAGAAAAUGGGCAAUGAUCUCGGAAAAACUUGAAGGAAGAGCAGGCAAACAAUGCCGUGAGAGAUGGCAUAAUCAUCUCCGUCCUGAUAUCAAGAAAGAUGGAUGGAGCGAAGAAGAAGAGAGGAUUCUUGUAGAAGCACACACGAGAAUUGGGAACAAAUGGGCAGAAAUCGCUAAACUCAUACCUGGGCGCACCGAGAACUCUAUCAAGAACCAUUGGAAUGCGACUAAACGACGCCAAAACUCAAAACGCAAACAAAAACGCCAAACAAACGCGGAUAACAAUGAUAGCGAUCUCUCUCCAUCAGCUAAAAGGCCAUGCAUUCUCCAAGACUACAUCAAAAGCAUCGACAAUAAUGAUACUAACAAGGGCAAUGGCGAGAACAAGACUGAGAAUACCAUCAGUGUUCUUUCUACACCGAAUCUUGAUCAGAUAUAUUCUGAUGGAGAUUCUUCAUCGUCUGUCCUUGGCGAUCCAUAUGACGAAGAGCUGGUUUACCUACAAAAUAUCUUUGCAAACCACCCGAUUUCUCUUGAGAACAUUGGUUUGAGCCAAACUUCUGAUGAGGUAAACCAUUCUUCAUCAUCUGGAUUCAUGAUCAAGAACCCUAAAUCUCACAGCAAUGUUGAAACGCAUCAUCAUGAUCAGGCAAUGGUCGCAGUUCCUGCUAAUACACCGCACCUUGCGUCUGAUAUCUACUUGUCUUAUUUGUUGAAUGGUACGACGUCGUCCUACUCCAACCCUCAUUUUCCGUCUUCCUCAUCGUCUGCGUCAUCCGCCACCGUAGAGUUCGGAGGCCACAGCGAGUUGCUUGUGCCUCAAGCUAACUCUACAAGUGAAAGAAAAGAGAUGGAUCUGAUAGAGAUGCUUUCUGGUUAUAUUCAAGGUAGCAACACCUGCUUCCCACUGUUCUAG